UACAGAGCAGUACCCUACCCCAUAUACUGUUAUGCUAAAAGGACAGCCUCUGACGUGGACAUCGGUAGAUGAACCAACCAAAUGUUUGGAAACGACAUAUGGUGAAGUGUCAUGCAUUACAUUCUCGUUAGUGGAAAGUGGCACAAUGUUUGUUACAUUUAAAGAUGAGAAAGUUGCAAAGGAGCUCGUUCUUAAAGGUGAAUUGAGAGUUAAACAGGCAAUAUUUACUGCAGCAUUACACAAUGAUGCAGAUUUUGAAGGUAGAGGGGAAGAACGUAUAGAUAACGAAACAACAGAACACGAUGAAGAUAGACUCAGUCAUUAUGAACAAUUCCUUAAUGCCUUAGGACUCUUGGAUUACUACCCUAACAAGAUAAGCAUUUCCAAUGUUAUGACAAUCAAUAUGGACAAUGGAUCAGUGUUUGAUCAAGACCAGAAGAAAAUAGAACUAACCGAACUUCCAUGGAUACUUUUACGAAGUCUACUUGGGGUUUACUGCAAAGCAAGGGAUCGGGUAGCAUCAUUGAUUAAAGAAAAUGCAACACCUCAAGAACAAUGUACAAGCGAUUGGUUAUUUGCCGAUAGUUAUGAUCAUACUGAGGUAAAUCCCCUUGAUCUUUUCAUUACAGUUUACAAAUGUUGUGAUCCUAUGUUAAAGCAACUUUUGUUUCAAAAGUGCUAUUCUUGUAAAAUAGCGGUCCCUUUUAUUCAUGUCCUUCAUGACUUCUCAUCAUUGAGUAGUAGAUCUGUUGUCUCAAUAUGGCCUUUAAGAAGUCUUCUUAUCCAAAACAGGUAUACCAAUAAUGAAGCAAAAACAAAUUUAUGUGUUGAAGAGGAGGUGCACGAGCAUCCAACAAAUCUUAUAACAUUUGCGCGCAUUGGGAAAUCAGCUAAUUCUAAAUCAGAAAUGCUAAAUGGGUUGUUAUCAGAUAAUAAUUGCAAGACAUUCUUUGAUAAAAAUUGCGUCUCACAAAUUGCCAGUCAUAAAUAUAGUGAGGAGCUCGUUGAAAUAUUUUGGCUUCCAGUUGAAGGUAACUCAAUGGAUAGGUUUAACAAACCUGUCACAUUUUUAAACUGCAGAGGCAGUUUACACCAGUUUCAGACUGAAAUAUUGGAGUUUGUGUCUAAAUUGACUGACAUUUUAGUUAUACUUUUAGAUAUCGAAUCUUUAAAUAAUUCAACUAAAUAUACAGAAGAUUGUGUGUCCAAAUUUUCAUCUAUGAUUAUUAUCGUUGAUAACCCUAUGAGACGAAAAUUCAAACCGAUAAUGGACACAUUUCGCUUAAAAUUACAAGCGCAAGGAAAGUUUUGUGAAUUAAUUUCCACUUACCAAGGUGAAAGAAAACGCAACCCUGUUGAAAUGACAGAAAUUUUACAAAGGCAAUUGCAAAAUCUUCUCAUAAAACUGCAACCGUUGUCAUUGUAUACACGGAUUACAUCUUGUUCUCAAAAUAUUUAUUUGGAUGAGGACAGUGAUUCUUGCAAAGACGGAAAGAAAUGUGCACGGGAUAUCAUUGAAGAAAUGACGAAAGCAGGGAGCUCAUUGGAAUGGAAGAGGGUUAUUACGCCAGUUCAAACCACUAUAUCAAAUGAAAUAGCUAAAUGCAUUAAGAAGCAACAACGUUUACAAUAUGCAACUGAAAUUAGGGAUAACGAAGAAAAACUACAUUCAUUAAGACAUAGCUGCUUGGAUAAUGUGACAUCUACAGUUAAACAAUUUGCCUUUUAUCUUUGCGAGACUAAUACAUAUGAUCUUUCCCUCCAGUAUUUUCUUGGGUGGUUAAAUAUCAUGCUGGGAAAUAUAAAGAUGUCAACAGUCCAAAAAUUACAAAAACAAAACAAUUUAGAAAUUGAUAUACUUAAAUCAAGUGGUUUAUCAGCUAUCGAUAUUAAAAAAAAAACCGAUUUAUUACUGAAAGCUACAGAAAAAAAAAUUGAUAGUUCUUCCUUUAGUAUUGAGCAUCUUUUCCGCGAAAUAAGUCAUAUUUAUAAUGUGCUUUUGAUCUUAAAAGGGCGGUAUGGCCUUCCCUCGGUGGAAAAAAUGAAAACUACUUUAGCCGAAUUGAUAUAUAUUGGAUAUACAUUUGAACUUGUAGAUGGUGACAAUUUCUUUUUAGCAACUCAUUGGGUAGAAGCAGUUUUCCUUUCCCUUUCACUUAAAAUUGAUCAUGAAAGUGUUUUGACACUCUCAGUGGUAGGACUUCAGAGUUCUGGGAAAUCGACAUUGCUGAAUACAAUGUUUGGGUCGCAUUUUGCUGUUUCAUCUGGGCGAUGUACGAAAGGCCUGAAUUUGCAAUUAAUUCCAAUGUCAAAAAGAAUAACAAAACAAAAUAAAUUUAGCUAUGUUUUAGUUGUAGAUACAGAAGGAUUGAGAUCUACGGAGUUUUCUGAUUGUAAGUUAACUCAUGACAACGAAUUGGCAACAUUUAUUUCUGGACUUGGUGAUGUUACUAUCCUUAAUGUCAUGGGGGAAAACAUUUGUGAAAUCAACGACAUUCUCAAUGUGACUGUUCAUGCUUUUAUACGAUUAAAAAAGGCAAAUAAGUCCUUGGAUAUAAGAAAGUUGUGUUAUUUCGUACACCAAAAUGUAAGUGAUAUAUUAGCUGCUCGAAACACUAGGCCUGGGUUACGAAAACUAUUGCAGAAACUAAAUGAUGCAACUAAAGACGCCGCUCAGGUGGAAAAUGUCCCUGCCAUCAGUCAAUUUAAUGAAAUUAUGGAAUUUGAUAUGUAUUCACAGGUAUUCCUUAUGCCAACACUUUGGCAGGGUAGCAGCCCUAUGACUUUUGUUAACUGUGAUUAUAGUCAGCAUAUUAACAUUGUGAAGAAAAAGGUGCUACAGGGGGCUUGUGAGAUGAAAAAAAAGUCAUACAAAUCGUUAAAAGAUUUUGUAAUCCAUAUGAAAGAUCUGUGGACAGGUGUUUUGAGCGAAGAUUUUGUUUUCAAGUAUCGUAACAGUUUAGAAAUCAAAGCUUACUAUGAUUUAAACAAAUAUUUUAAAAGAGCAUAUUUUAAAAAGGAAGGGAAAAUAUAUGAUGAUUGUUGUGAUAAUGCUAACGUAUCAUUUUCAAGGUCAGUUGAUAUCAACCAAUUAGACACUGAUUUUAACAAAUCUAAUCUUGAAACUGACGAAACAAUAAACAAUGAAGAGGUGAAUUGGAAGCUUGAACUUGAAGACUUUUUGAGUAAAAACUUACUUUCUGAUUUAUUAAGCAUGAAUAAUUAUAAACUCUUCUCCGAAUACAAUCAGAACCCAAAACUAUUUGCCGCACAGUGGAUCACAAAACGGUCUAAUGCGUUUCUAUUUGAUCAGCCUUCAAGAAAGUAUUGCAAAAUGGCUUGUCGCUACAUUAUGGAAUACUUUGAAGAAGUCAAAAUGUCAGUUGUUACAACUGCUGAUAUAUUUUCUAAAAGAUAUCCAUGGGAUCGUAAGACUAUUAAGAAUAGUUCUGCCUCUGAUGACUGGAUUGACACAUUGUCGUCAAAAUUAAAAAUAUGUAUUCUAUCUAAAUCACAGUUCGAUCUUUUGAAGGACAUUCUACGAAACAAUGACAACUUGGAGAAUUUCAAGGAGCUUGUUAUUGAAAAGCUAAAUGAAUCUGAACACAAACUUAUAGAAGAGUUUGAAAAUGUUGAUAGUACAACUGUUAUUUGGAAUAUACUAGAUCCUAUAACAGAAGUAAUAAAUGAAACUUGGGGUUGUCCAGAAGAGUGUCCAUUUUGUGGUGAGCCGUGUGCUAGAGAUAUUCACGAUGCCGAGAAAAUGCCCCACUUUUGUAUACAGCAUAAACCAAAAGGAUGUAAGGGGGUUCAUUUUACAGAUUCUAAAGAACUCAGUAUUGAUACAUGCAACUUUGCAAUUAAUUCAACAUAUUUAACUCAUACUUGCGGUGUGUUCGACUAUGCUUGUGCAUCUGGCACUGAAAAAAAGAGUUGUCCGGUUGGAGUUCACCGAUACCGUGACUAUAAAAUGUUCAUAAAAGAUUGGGACAUAGAACCAAAUACAGAUAUGAACGCCGUAU